UCCUUCUAUUUUCCACACAAAUCACGAACGUCAAGCCGAAGUGAAAAAUUUCGAAUGUUGUUCUUGCGCCCGGAUAAAAUUGCACUUUUACGAUAGCUUGCUACGAUAAUAUUGUUGACUGUUUGCCAUCCGAACUCUACGAACGGGAAAUUAAGUUCUCUAGCUAUACAGCAGCCGCGUUGUUCUAAACUAAGUUCGAAUGGCUUUGGCAAGAUUUGUUGCGGCUGGAAAAGGAGGAAAACCCAAUAUUCUAUUGGCAGCUUUUCCGACAACUUUUGGUAAAUCGCAAAUAUCGUGUUCACCGAAUGUACGGCGGUUUGCUUUGUCAGCUUCCCGAAAUGCUGGCGCUGGAAAUCAUGUUACGCUUUGGAACGCUGAAAGAGUGUUAUCCGCUGCCCUCCUCGGCGUGGUUCCGUUUGGAAUUAUGUUUCCCUCCUUUACCGGGGACACACUGAUAGCAGUCAGCGUUGUUAUGCAUCAGCAUUGGGGUCUAGAAGCGAUUGUAACAGAUUACGUGCGGCCAAUUCUUUUUGGCACGACCGUCCCGAAAUUGGCCCAUGGUUUAUUGCUCAUUGUCUCAGCGGCCACACUGGGAGGUUUGUUCUAUUUCAAUUACAACGAUGUUGGAAUAGCUGGAUGCGUAAAAAGAAUUUGGGCAAUCAAAUCCAAAGAAUGAGAAAUUGAAUAUAUUGAAAUAUACCGACAAUAGAUCGUGAAAUUAUAGAAUGUAUUUAUUUAGACAAAUUAAAGUAUAACGAAAUUCAAAACUG